GUCGCUAUUUGUUCACGGAGGAAAUGGUCCUGAGCUGUGUCGGUGGGGCACUGGCACAAUGUCCGAUAGCCCUGUCGCCUUGUCUUAAUAUUUUCUCCCCAUCUAUCCGAUUGGUUCCUCCAUGAAUCCUUAUGUUGGCUCUUUCUCUGCACCUCCAGCAGCAGAAAAUUCCGCCAGUCCAAUAUCUCUUCCCCCAAGGUAAGGACCGUAUGAGAGACCCGACUUCAAGCCCACCAUAGACACCGAUUGUGUCCGCGUCUCUGUUGCAUAACCCCUGUGUUUACAAAGUGACUGCAAGAGAGAGCCUCGCCACCCCCAAAGAUUUUCUGGUUUGAUGAUGUGGAUCCCACGAUCAGACCAGAUCGAUCCAGUCACGAGAUCAGCUGGGGCGGCUGUGGCAUGCUCAGUAUUGACGCAUUGCCUAUCAUCUAGGCGGUCAGAACUUGGCUCGGAAAUGAUCGGCUGGAUUCUCCUGCCUGUCCUUUGCAAUAUUGCACGACAGUCGAAUGACAACACAAUUCCACGAGCCGUGGCUCCCUCUGGCUACUCCCCGACCCAAUCUACUUCUACACGGUCAUUAUGGAUUGCUGCUAUAAGCAUUCUCGCAUUCUGUUUGUGCAGAGCAGAGAACAUCAUGGUUGCAUAUCUGCCAGCAUUCACCCCACUGCUUCUGAUAGCACAGAAAUAUUUUGACCCCAAGUUCUUGGCUCCAAGACCCACUGAUUCUUGGCUCUUCUCCGCUUAUACUAAUACAGUCUGGGGCAUAACUUCGGCUGCCUUAUUUGCUAUUUUGGCGUUAUCGAAUUGGGACCUCCGAGCCUCAUCUUUAUCGAUUAUCCCUGUCGCUGUUUCGCUUCUCGUCUGUGUCGCACUAUUACCUAGAAGUAAGAAGAACUCUCAAUUCCUUCCGCUUGGUAAUAUUGAGGAUUCUAUUCGCCCUCUAUCCUUCCGGAUUGUACCUCUCUUCACGCUUGUACUAUGCGUCCAGGCUGUUUGGUUCGGCUUCUCCGGGGUUCAUGUUGCAUCUACCCUGUUCUUAGGCGCGGCUAAAGCCUUGUCAUGGUACUUUACAACUCGCAUGGCCCUCUAUGCUCCCUGGUGCAUUAUCCCCAUAAUCGCCACGUUCAGCAUUGUUUCUACUCGCAAUCCCUUUACGCAAUCUUCAGAGGCACAUGCUGUCUCGCAUAUUAUCGCCGCUUUUCUUGUACUUGGCCAGGCAAUCCACCUGCUUCCGAAGCAAGCGAAAGCUAAAUCAACUCUCUGGGCUUUUUACCUUAUUCCUCUGGUCCCGUACCUAGCGAAUACCUUCAUGAUCAUGUCAGCACAAGCCUCGGCGCCAAACUUCAGUCACACACAACCGCAUCCUGUCGAAGCUAUGAUACGUAAAGCAGAGGAUGACUUCAAGGAUAAAUUGCAAAGGCAAUCGGCAGACUAUACGAGUGCGUGUGAUGAAUAUCGACGCAGAUACAGAAUGGAACCACCACCCGGCUUCGACACGUGGUAUGAGUUUGCAGUAUCGCAUCAGUCGCCCAUUAUUGAUGAUUUCGAUAUCCUUUAUGAUGCAGUCUCCCCGCUUUGGAGACUGAGUGGCCAAGAAGUGGGUAGAAUCAUGAACGAUGCCCAGAAAACAACGAAUAGCGAGCUUUGGCUGUGCCUCCUUUCCGGCACAGCUGCCGAGACACAUUGUACCCAUCCUUAUCGUACUUUCGAUAGACACUUCCAGCUCUUAUUCGACACAUUAUUAAAAAAUCUGAAGGGAAAACUUCCCGACGUCCGAUUUCUUAUUAAUCAUCUCGAUGAACCAAGAGUCUUGAUGCCGCCCCCCGGCUGGGAAGGUUUGGACUCAUCCAAGGGUGGUUUGCUCAAUCUGACAAACAUGUCCAAGCGACCUACUUGGGACACAAUCACAAAAUUUUGCGCACCUCAACCAAGCAAUCAACCUAUCCAGCAUGAUAAGGUGGAAACCUUUAGCCUGCCUUUUAUCACAGACAUCCACUCAGCCAUGGAUCUGUGUCAACAUCCUGAAUACAGCGCGACGCACGGCUUUGCUAUAAGCCCUAUGUCCUUUCGCUUAGUGGAAGGCUUUGUACCAAUCCUGUCGACAGGUUCGCCAUCUACAAUGGGUGAUGUGUUAUUCCCAAGUCCGGCUUAUAUUGAGUCUGAAUUCCAGUACGACGCUGCACGCGACAUCGAGUGGGAUCGUAAACGCAACUCUCUCUACUGGGCAGGUUCUACUACAGGCGGGUUUGCUGGAAACAAUCAGUGGUUCAGCUACCACCGACAGCGCUUCGUGUCGCUAGCCCAAAACUUGGGAUGGCAGCAGCAUUUGUAUCUGCGAGAACGGCAAGGGGUUAUCAACACCAUAAAAUCGUCCUUUCUCAACAGUAGACUCUUUGAUGUUGCCUUUACCAGAAUCUUUCAAUGUCAGAGAAGAUCCUGCCGCGAGCAAGAGAUGUUCUUCAAUUCUAAGCCUUGGGCAGAUAAGGAUCAAGCACUCCGAUCACGGCUCGUAUUUGACAUGGACGGAAAUGGCAUCAGUGGGCGUUUCUACAAGCUACUAGCAUCCAAGUCAGUUCCGCUCAAGCAAACAAUAUUCCGAGAAUGGCAUGACGAUCGUCUCAUUCCUUGGGUUCAUUAUAUACCUGUUAGUCAGAGCAUGGAAGAAGUUCCAGAGCUUGUAUUUUAUCUCACAUCGACGGAAAAUGGUCGACGGCAGGCGAAGGUGAUCGCGGAAAAUGGCAGAAGCUGGUUUGCCAAAGCGGUUCGGGAGGUUGAUCUAAGUAUCUACACGUAUCGACUAUUGCUCGAGCUAGCGAGACUACAAGAUCCAGAACGACAAGCCAGCUCACUGUAAUGGGAGUUUUUGUGGUAUAUGAGAAUGGCAUGGUGGGAGAUUGUAAAUAGAACGACAUGAUAAAUAAAAAUAAAUCCCCAUUGGGUUCUGA